AUGGUGCCGGCGUCCUGGAGCGAGUUCCAGCAGAAACUGGCCCAACUUGAAAAGGAGAAGCAGCCAGAUGAACAGGUUAAAGUCGUGUACUUCCUGCGCCACGCCGAGGGUACGCACAACGAGGCCCACAGCAAGUACGGCUCUCCUCGGUGGGAGAAUGAGUUCGCGCGCACUGAGACUUUUCUGGACGCACCUUUGACUGCAUUCGGCGUUAAGGACGCACAGAGCAAGGGGCCACCGAGUGUCCAGAUGGAGAUGGACCUAGGAAUGCCAUCCAUUGAGAUGGUCGUGUCAAUCACGUGUAUCGAGAGCUGCCGAGAGACGUUUGAUUGCCACACGUGCAACAAGCGGCGGCCGCUGUCCGAGCUCAAGCGCAGGUUUCCGGAUGUGGAUUUCUCACGCAUGAAGGAUGAAGAUGAUCAGCUGUGGUCGCCGACACAUCGUGAGACGACAGAGGAGAUCCAGAAGCGAGCGUUAGGGUUUUUGAUAGAACUUUUCCGCGAGGUUCCGGAGCGCUACGUGGUUGUGGCAGCGCAUCUUAGUAUCAUUGAGGCGAUCUAUGCCGUCACGCUGGGUACGCAGGUGCGUCCCAGCAACUGCGAGGUUGUCCCAAUCGUGCUCGAAGCGUUAUCAAACUGA